AAAAAAAAAAAAAACAGAAGCAGAACCACCGCAAUAGAAGUUCGUUUUGGUCCUCUUCCGAAAAACCCAGAGGCAGAGGCAGAGGCAAGCGAAGCAGCAGCUCCGAUCUGAAGACGAUGAUGAAGAAGAAGGUGCAAUGGUUCUGGACUUGGGUUCUUGGUUCCGUCGUUUUGAGGCUCAUUCUCCUCUUCUUCCCCAAAAAUCUCAACCUCUCUUCUCGCCCCGAAGUCUCCACCCCCCUCACCAGCCUCCGUCGUCUGGCCGAGGGUUACUGGCUGAAGCAGUCAUCGCUGUCACCCUAUGCUGGAUCAAUGUACCAUGGUUCCCCUUUGUUAUUGACGCUUCUCGGCCCGCUCACAGUUAGAAGAAUUGAAGGACAACCCGAUCAUCUUUUAUGCAGCUUGGUUUUUGUGAUUGCAGAUGUGGUCAGUGCAAUGCUUAUUUGUGCUGCUGGUGAAAAACUCAAGGUGGCAUACAUUUCAAGUUUGCAAUCCCUUGGCCUUCAUAAUUUGACAGAGAAUUCAGAGUUUCUUCCUUCAGGAGAUUUUGCUGCUCUUGUAUACUUAUGGAAUCCUUUCACAAUAGUUGCAUGCGUUGGUCUAUCCACAUCUGCAAUUGAGAACUUGAUGGUUGUGUUAUCACUUUAUGGAGCAUGUUCACGACUAGCUCCACUGGCAGCUUUUGGGUGGGUCAUGGCUACACACUUGUCUCUGUACCCUGCAAUCCUUAUUAUCCCAGUGAUAUUGCUAUUGGGAUAUGGUCCUGAUGCUCCUCCUAGGAAAUUAUUCUGUCAAAGAAAAAAUCUUGAAGGUGGCAAUUCUAUCCCAAGUGAUAGUUGUUCAGAAGAGGAAGCAAAAAAUCAGCUAAAGGUGGCAAAUGUAUUCUCAUGGAGGCCAGUUGUGCUUUUUUUGUUCUGGGCUUUGCUGUGGUCAUCCUACGUCUUGGUCCUUUGUGGCAUUUAUGUCCAACAGUAUGGUGGUCUACAGGAGUUGUUCAAAAGAACCUAUGGCUUCAUUCUUACCAUACAAGAUCUGUCUCCAAACAUUGGUGUUUUGUGGUACUUCUUUGCAGAAGUUUUUGAUUUUUUCAGAAAUUUCUUCCUGAUAGUAUUUCAUGGGAAUAUUCUAUUGAUGAUAGCACCAUUAGCCUUACGGCUUAAUCAUCGGCCGUGCUUUCUAGCUUUUGUAUAUAUUGUGAUAUCUUCUAUGUUGAAGUCUUAUCCUUCAGUUGGUGAUUCAGCUCUGUAUUUGGGUUUACUUGGGUUGUUUGCAUAUGAACUCAAAGAUAUGCAGUUUUCAUUCUUCCUGUUUUCUGGCUAUAUUGGGGUUUCACUUCUUAGCCCUGUGAUGCACAAUCUAUGGAUAUGGAGGGGUACUGGAAAUGCAAAUUUUUACUUUGCGACUGCAAUUGCUUAUGUGUGCUUGCAGAUCAUUCUGGUAGUUGAGAGUGUUAGUGCCAUGCUCAAUCAUGACAGAAAACUCACCAAGCUAUAUACUGCAAAGCUUCAAAACAUCAAAUCUUGAGAACUUUGAAGUGUGCUUUUAUGUGUCAAUGGUAAUCCCUGAGCUUUGUGUGGACAUCUGGGUUCCACGAUCCGUUGUUGUGCUGUCCUUCAAUUCCUUUAUCAAAUAUCUGCAUUUCUUUGAAUGCAAGCAUAUUUCACCGGGGUUGUAAAUGGACGCAAGGCUCUGCAAUCUUGAUGCUGAAUGCCACUUACAGUUUGUUAUAAAGGAUAACAAUCAUGAUAUUUUAUUGUGGUUCUUAGAGCUCUUUUGUACUUGAUGUACCGUUUAAGUAGUUUCAAUGACUUCAUUCUUCAAAUACUACUUGAUUGCGGCACAUGUUUAUUUUAUAUGUUUAACAUGUAUGUUACUAUACUGCACUUGUUGCCUUGUUGGUCGGAAUAUCUGUAGCGUGCCUAUGGGAAUGAACCAUAUGGAAUGACACCAAAAACUCGAGCAUAUUUUACAUUAUUGAUGUCUCUCUUGCUGUACU